AUGGCAAUGGUUACCGAUGGAGACCAGGAGUCCAGGGAGCUGGAGAGCGCGGCUGCAGCGAAAGCAAGAUUAUCGGAUGAUGGAAGUCUUGAGCAGAUAGGUGGUCUGAUUGCUCUUCUGUUAGUUAUCCUACUCUUCACGCUGGUACUCUACACCCGUCAGCGCUGGUGCAGGCGUCGUCGUGCCCCGCAGAAGAGUGCCAGCACCGAGGCCACACAUGAGAUUCACUACAUCCCCUCUAUUCUUUUGGGCCCUCCGCAGAGCAGGGACAGCUUCCGUGGGCCCAGACCCCUCCAGCACAGCUCUGUCAUUGGUAUGCCCAUCCGCGAGACCCCCAUCCUCGACGACUGCGACUGUGAAGAGGACGAGCAGCCCGGACAUCUGCUAGAUGGGAAAGCACAUCUAGAAGAUGACUUGUGCAGCCAGGGCACCCACAGUGUGGACAGUCUGGGGAAAGGCAUGGGAGAGGCCAACCAUAAACACAGUCUUGAUAACAGAGUGCUGGACCCAGAUCAGGAGAGCGUAGAGGCCCUGAUGCAGAGGUUUAAAGAGAGUUUCCGGACCAACACCACUAUGGAGAUCACACACUUCCAGAACGUUACGCACAGCUCCUCUACUGGCCGCAAGAGAGGACAAACUCACAACAGAGCUGGAGGCGUGUUGGGCCGUCAGGGAGAUUCUGGAUCUGAAAUGGAUGAUGACACUCAACUCAAGUUCUACACGGAGCACAGGGGCCGGCGCCGCAGCAAAGGCUGCCCUCAGAGUCCCAUGAGCAAAGCCUCGCUAACACUGAUCACUGUCUGCACGUGUGUGGUGGCGGUCGUGUACGGCACGCAAACGUCCUGUCCUCUCACCGUCAAGGUCACGCUCCAUGUUCCUGAACACUUCAUCGCUGACGGAAGUAGUUUUGUGGUGAGCAUGGGCAGUUUUCUGGAUGUCUCCAACUGGUUAAAUCCAGCCAAACUGACCCUGUACUACCAGACCAACACCUCCACCCAGUGGGUGAGAGACUACUGCGGCCAGAGAACGACUGAUCCCUGCGAACAGCUCUGUGACCAGGACACUGGGGAAUGCAGCUGUCUGGAAGGUUAUGCCCCUGACCCCGAGCAUAAACAUCUCUGCGUCCGCACAGAUUGGGGCCGCAAUGAAGGUCCAUGGCCUUACUCAAACCUGGAAAGAGGCUACGACAUUGUCACAGGGGAGCAGGCUCCAGAGAAGAUUUUUAGGUCAUCCUACAGUCUGGGUCAAGGCCUUUGGCUGCCAGUCAGCAAGAGCUUUGUGGUUCCUCCGGUGGAGCUGUCAAUCAACCCUAUAGCCAGCUGUAAGACGGACGUGUUGGUUACAGAGGACCCUGGAGAAGUGCGGGAAGAGGCCAUCAUGUCCACAUAUUUUGAGACGGUGGACGAUCUGCUUGCGUCGUUUGGUCCAGUGAGGGAUUGCUCUAAAGAUAAUGGCGGAUGCCGGAAAAACUUUAAGUGUGUUUCAGACAGAAGGAUGGACUCAACCGGCUGCAUGUGCCCAGAAGGACUGAGGCCCAUGAAGGACGGUUCGGGCUGCUAUGACUACUCUCUGGGAACGGACUGUACGGACGGCUUCAAUGGAGGCUGUGAGCAGCUGUGUCUUCAGCAGCUGGUUCCUCUUCCUGAUGACCCGACGUCCAGCAAUGUGCUCAUGUUCUGCGGGUGUGUGCAGGAAUACAAGCUAGCCGCUGACGGCCGCUCCUGUCUUCUCCUGGCUGAUCACUGUGAAGGGCCAAAGUGUCCGAAGCAAGACUCGCGCUUCAACGACACACUCUUCAGUGAGAUGCUCCGUGGGUACAAUAACAAAACUCAACAGGUGAUCCUGGGACAAGUUUUUCAGAUGACCUUCAGAUUCUUGAGGGUUGUAUUUUGA